UAAACGCUUCGAUCUUGCGUUCGCCCUCGUCUCUGUUGGGGCUUGGGGUUUUUGCCUAGGGUUUUCAUUGAGCGGCGCCCUCUCCACUCUCUCCUCCGAUCCCAUCGCCAUGACCGCCCAGACGCAAGAGGAGCUCCUCGCCGCUCACCUCGAGCAGCAGAAGAUCGACCAUGAUGAGCCCGUGGUUGAAGAUGAGGAUGACGAUGAAGAUGAUGAGGACGAUGAUGACAAAGAUGAGGAUGACGCUGAAGGACAAGCAGGUGAUGCUAGUGGAAGAUCAAAGCAGAGCAGAAGUGAGAAGAAGAGCCGGAAAGCCAUGUUGAAGCUUGGGAUGAAACCUAUUCCUGGUGUCAGUCGUGUCACCAUAAAGAAGAGCAAGAAUAUAUUAUUUGUCAUUUCGAAGCCAGAUGUUUUUAAAAGUCCAACCUCAGACACCUAUGUUAUCUUCGGGGAGGCAAAGAUUGAGGACCUGAGCUCGCAGCUGCAGACCCAGGCUGCUGAACAGUUUAAGGCACCUGAUCUGAGCCAUGUGAUCUCGAAGCCUGAGACAUCUGCCAUGGCCCAGGACGAUGAAGAAGUUGAUGAGACUGGGGUUGAGCCUAAGGACAUCGAACUGGUUAUGACACAGGCUGGAGUUUCAAGAUCCAAGGCUGUCAAGGCACUCAAAGCUGCAGAUGGGGACAUCGUUACUGCAAUCAUGGAGUUAACUAACUGAUGCGAGAUCUCUGGAGAGUUGUUUGUCUUUCAAUAGUGGCUAGAUUUUUUGUGUUUUCCGUGCGGUCUGUGGGCCGAAUUCUUUGCCUGUCUUUGCUGCUUAAACUGUUAGUCAUACGGACUAUCGUGUUGUAUGAGUAGUAAGUAAUGGUGCUUUUAUUUUUAAUUUUUGCCCCGGUACAUACGCUUGCUGUCGGAGGAUGUUGCUGCAUGGGAUCCCAUUCAAUUUCAGUAUAAAGAUCAGAGCCAGGAUCUUGGUAGGCUGGCACUGGUGAAAACAGAAGUGAUAUAUUUUUUUUAACCCAGUCUGCUAGUCUGUCUUGUAACACCCCUGGAUUUUCCAUUUCGUCCCACAGGGCAUAUGAAUUUUAUUUCUGCUGUUCCUAUGUUAUGGAUUUC